GUCCUUGUAUAAAAACCGAACAUCCCCCUUCCAUAGGCCUCUUUCAAUCGGCUCGGAGACGAAAUGGUGAGUUUGACUUUCUUAUGAGGGACUUGCGCUUUCAAUCCAUUCGGCAUCUUCGCAAUCCUUAUACUUUCCCUGUCUAAGCCAAUACGUAACAUGUUUCUAUCUGUAAUAAACACAGUUGUAUGAUAUUAGACCUGAGCAUAACACUGUUUUAGAUUGAUUACAGAAUGAAUAUAUGCAGUAAUCGUCGGCAUACCGGUAGUUUAAAAUGGCUGAUACACUGAGGCCUAACAUGCUUGAUUACAAAAUGAAGAGUUUAUUUUUUAGUAACGUUUGUUCACAAUCAAAUGUGUAUAUAAUUGACAACGUGCUAGUUAAGUUUCUACCGUUAACGCGCCCUGUCUUUAUAUUUGAGGCCUGGAUGAGCUAAGCUAACUAGGUGAUACGCUGACACUCAUUAACCCACCCUAUCAGUAGCUAGUUGAGGUCCUCCGAACCUCGUUAGCUACUAACGUUACACAUGGUUAUUCCAACACGCUAUUUUCAUCGUCAGUUGGGAUUUACUUAGCCAGGUUGCUAUUGCGGUUAUUGAUUAUACUUCCAAUAGGUACAAAUCAUUAAAUAUGGGUGAUGAUUCCCUCGACGGGCGGACAGAAUGGAUGGCCUCGUGCUGUUCCUGUUGAAUGUCGAGUUCUGACAUACUGACGUGCGUUCAUUUAGUUUUGUAUGCCUCAUGGAUGAUGUACUAAAUAGCGUUAUCUUCACAGUCCCACCGUAAGUUUUCGGCACCCCGCCACGGAUCCCUGGGCUUCCUGCCCCGUAAGAGGAGCAGACGUCACCGUGGUAAGGUGAAGAGUUUCCCCAAGGAUGACCCCAGCAAGCCUGUCCACUUGACUGCCUUCCUUGGCUACAAGGCUGGCAUGACUCACAUCGUGCGUGAAGUCGACAGACCUGGCUCAAGUGAGUAUUUGGCUUCAUGCAGUUUUGUACAAAGUUGAAUUGACUGGGUGAAUAUUAUUGUUUUGCGAUUUAUGAAUACAUAAUGAGCCAUAUUAGUUUCGAUCUUGCAUUACUGUAGUUCAGACCCUAAUCUUAUUUUCUGCAUAUGAUGAUCCCCUCGACGGGCGGACAUAUUGGGUCUAACCCUUGCUGAAUGUCGAGCACUGAGCGCAGUCAAUAAGCAUUGACAUUUUGCAAUUUUAAAUCUACUGUACAACUUAUACUGACUACUUCUUUCCCUACAGAGGUGAACAAGAAGGAAGUGGUCGAGGCAGUGACCAUUGUGGAGACUCCUCCCAUGGUUGUAGUGGGUGUUGUGGGCUACGUCGAGACCCCCCGUGGCCUGCGCUCCUUCAAGACUAUCUUCGCUGAGCACGUCAGUGAUGAGUGCAAGCGUCGCUUCUACAGGAACUGGUGAGCCAUUCUACACAUGAGAGUUUUUAUCUACACAAACGUGUUGAAUGUAGUGUAUAAUUACAUUUAGAUAUGAGCCUUGAAACAUGUUGCUGCUCGGUGUAUAAAACAUGUCAUGUGUUUUACUGAGCAAGUCUUAACAUCCGUUGCCCCCUGGUGGCAGCUCCGCUCGGGUGCCUCGUACCCUGAUGAGCUCCGGGCUCCUCUGGCCGGUGGAAAGUGCUUCUUAGAAACCGUGCCAUGAGCCGAAACCCCUUCUGAAGCUGUAACUGCCCCCGUCGCCCCUGUGAAGGUUGGGCAAGCAGCUGAGUGCAGUGUUCUUCCGCUGGCCCCCUGGGGUUAUGAAGGACCUGUGCCAACCCGUGUGCCUCUUCUCCCCUACCCUCCGGUCACGCUGCAUGCUCUCAGGUACAAGUCCAAGAAGAAGGCCUUCACAAAGUACUGCAAGAAGUGGCAGGAUGAUGAGGGCAAGAAGCAGCUGGAGAAGGACUUUGCCUCCAUGAAGAAGUACUGCCAGGUCGUCCGCAUCAUCGCCCACACCCAGGUGAGUCUGAGCAGGAUGGAAUACUCUCACUGCAAUGCCCCCAUAGUUUUAAUGAAUCGAAUCUCCCUUUGACUGUCGGUGAUGAGACCACGGAACACUGCGUCAGGCAUGACGUCCGACACGCAUGAGGAUACAUUCCAUGCUGCCUUCCUUCUGAGACCACAUGUCCCUACUAUUACAUUUUAACCCAAUUUUGGGUUGAAUACAUAGUGUUUGUACUAGUAUACUUGUCCCAGGACUAGCUGCAGGCUCACUUGCCUCUCUCCCUCCAGAUGAGGCUGCUGCCCCUGAGGCAGAAGAAGUCCCACCUGAUGGAGGUGCAGCUGAAUGGAGGCUCCAUCUCUGACAAGGUGGACUGGGCCCGUGAGAAGCUGGAGCAGUCUAUCCCCAUCACCAACGUCUUCACCCAGGAUGAGAUGAUUGAUGUCAUCGGUGUCACAAAGGGUCACGGAUACAAAGGUAUGUAUCUUAAGAACUGUUUUGUGUCAGUGAUGAGACCACGGAACACUGCGUCAUGCAUGACGUCCGACACGCAUGAGGAUAAAUUCCAUGCUGCCUUCCUUCUGAGACCACAACCCACUAAUGACCAUGUAGUUAACCAAUCAUGAUGGUUUAGUUAUUCAUGUAAGGUACCCAGGUACUAAACAUUGAAUUUUCCCCUUUAGGUGUCACCAGCCGUUGGCACACAAAGAAGCUCCCCCGUAAGACUCAUCGUGGUCUGCGUAAGGUGGCCUGUAUUGGUGCCUGGCAUCCCUCCCGUGUGGCCUUCUCUGUGGCCCGCGCUGGUCAGAAGGGCUACCACCACCGCACAGAGAUCAACAAGAAGAUCUACAAGAUCGGCCAAGGCUACCACACCAAGGAUGGCAAGCUGGUGAAGAACAACGCUGCCACUGAGUACGAUCUGUCCAACAAGAGCAUCACCCCUUUGGGUGGCUUCGUCCACUACGGAGAGGUGACCAAUGACUUUGUCAUGCUGAAGGGCUGCACGAUUGGAGUCAAGAAGAGGGUGCUAACCCUACGCAAGGUGAGGAAAGGGAGACCAUUCUAUCUUAUGCAUGGUUAUUCCAAUGCAUUAUUUGCAUUGUCAGUUGGGAUUUAGGUACUUAUAAGGUAAUGAAUAAACUGAAUAGGUACAUAUUAAAUAUGGGUGGUUCCCUCGCUGUGUGGACUGAAUGAAUGGCUGUAGAGUUCUGACGUAUACUGACGCUAUGGCAUUUGUUUGUGGUCCUCUGUAGCUCAGCUGGUAGAGCACGGCGCUUGUAACGCCAAGGUAGUGGGUUCGAUCCCCGGGACCACCCAUACACAAAAAAUGUAUGCACGCAUGACUGUAAGUCGCUUUGGAUAAAAGCGUCUGCUAAAUGGCAUAUUGUAUGCCCCGGUAAAGGAACGUAUCACUGUAUAAUCUAAUUGAUUUUUAACUUCUGUUUUCAGUCUCUGUUGGUGCAGUCGAGCCGUCGUGCCACGGAGAAGAUCGACCUCAAGUUCAUCGACACCACCUCCAAGUUUGGCCACGGCCGCUUCCAGACAGUGGAGGAAAAGAAGGCGUUCAUGGUGCGUUCAGUUUCCCUUUUCCAUGACUUGGCAUUCACUUGUCCCUUCUCUUCACUCUAUUUCGAAAGCCCCCUGGAUUAAUGUAGUGGACCCACCCUAGCUUCAGCCCAAAACACUUUUGUAUAUCCGUUCACAUAAAACUGGCUUUGCAGCUCAGUCCCCUAAGCCUGUAGUGCACUUAUCGUAACCUGGUUCACUCUUGGUAUGAAUUUGGGUUCCAUUCAGGUGCUAGAUCAAACUUCAGUGAGGCAGGGGAGCGGCAUCGUUUUUUUUGCUGUUCCCUGUUCACUCUCUGGGAACAUCACCCCUAGAGCCACAGAUGGAGUAGAGGUUGCUUAUUAAACUCUGUAUAGGCAUUGUUACUGACCACUUCUCCAUUUCCUUCUACAGGGACCACUGAAGAAGGACCGCAUUGCGAAGGAAGAGACUGCCUAAAGGCUCUGUCCUCAAGCUCUGUCUGGUGGUGUGAGUCCUCAUACAACGCUGCAGAGUUAUUUAAUAAAUAAAGUGAAAUAACUCCUUUCUCGUUUCUUAUGAAUUGCAUAGGGAUUGUCUCAAACUUGAAUCUGAGGAAGAGGGGAUGUGUGUGGCAUAACUGGGCCCAGCAAUCAGAGUUCUUGUAUGAAGGUCAAUGAGUGAAUUUGUUUAACUAAAAAUGGAAUGGCUUAUUUGCUACAUAAGGCUUGAUCAAAUGACUGUUUCAUAAUGAUUAAGUUAAGCGUGUCCUGAUAAGUAGGACGGGUGACACCCCAGCAACUUUGAUGGGGGAAAAUACUGUCGUGCCUUUUCACUAACACAAAGUCAUAAACCUUGAGUAUUUCUAAUGUAAUUUCACCUAACCCAGAACACAUGGCAUCUUUAUGCCUAACCGUAAAGAUGCAGAAAAGGCUCCGCUAUUUCCUGGUUGCUAAAAUUCAAAUAGUUAGCUGAUUUCAGUGGCUAAAGUAUAGUCUUUGUACCA